AGCGCCAGGCUGCUGAGAGACGGAUCCUCAGACUUGGUUAUAAAAUAUUUAACAGAGAAAGGAAGGAUCCACAGGAGCCUCGGCCCGAGAUGAGUUUCGAGUCCUUGUUUCAGCACAUCAUCUUUGCCGAGCACCAGGCUGAGGAGGGUCGGCGGGUGAUGCGAGAAGUAAGGUCAGAAAUAGCCAGAUGUCGUGAAAAAAUUAGGAAAGCAACAGAGGAGCUGAACGAAGAGAAAAUCAAAUUGGACUCUAAGGUUAAGCAGUAUUGUGAAAAAUCCUCCUUCUUCCAGCUUUUGAAAGUUCAUGACAAUGCCUUAGAAAAACAAUAUAGUGAAAUUACAAACCAAAGGAACAUGCUUCUUCAAACCUUUGAGACUAUAAAGAAAAAAGUUAUAGAAGAGGAAGAAAAAUUUAUUAAGGAAAUUACAGACUUUAAUAAUGAGUAUGAUAUAACAAAGAAAAGAGAGCUUUUGAUGAAAGAAAAUGUCAAGAUUGAAAUGUUUGACUUAGAAAAUCAGGCAAACAUUUUAAAAAGAGAAAUAAAGUCAAUGAAACAUGACAGUGGCCAAUUAAAUGAACUUCAGAAACAGAAGAAUGAAUUGAUAGAAGAAUUAUUUACUCUCCAAAGAAAACUAAAAGUUCUUAAGGAUGAAGAAAAAGAAGCAAUUUAUAUGACCAAAUACCUAGAGGCAGAAAAGACAAAAAUUAGUGAAAAGCCUCAAAAUGAUGCUGAAUGCCUAAGACUUAAGAAAGAAUUAGAACUUUAUAAAGAAGAUGACAUGGAAAGCGUUUAUGAAACUCUCCAAACAGAAAUAGAAUUUUUGGAGAUGACAUUGGCACAGAAAGAUCUUCAGAAAAACAACUUUUCAAAAAUUAAUGAUCCAUCUGAGACUUGAUCAAAGC